GAGUAGCGCCAUCUUGUGGACCUAUGGUAAAAUAAAAAUGUUGGGGUCAUGUCGCAUAUUUUCUCAUCGGACCCCAGUAUGCACAGUGCUGAAAUACCUUACUGCAGUUGGUCUGGCUUCAAGAGUUACAAGUAUUUCUCAGACUUGUGGUUUGUCGACGGGUGACAACAGUGAAGUAAGCAAAGCUAAGGCAGCUCAGAAGAAUUUUGGAGAACCAACAAUAUUUUCCAAAAUAAUCGACAAAUCUAUUCCUGCUGACAUCAUCUAUGAAGAUGACAAAUGUGUUGCCUUUAACGAUGUGGACCCACAAGCUCCUGUUCAUUUUCUUGUGGUUCCUCGGAAGCCUAUCCCAACAUUAGGUGAUGCUGAGUGCGAAGACCAGCAGCUCCUGGGACACUUGUUGUUAGUGGCAAGGAAAGUAGCGAAAGACAGAAAACUUGACAAUGGUUACAGAUUAGUGAUCAACAAUGGACCAGAUGGGGCACAGUCAAUUAACCAUCUACACCUUCACGUGUUAGGUGGUCGUCAGAUGGAAUGGCCUCCUGGGUAAUAAGUGUUCCCAGAACAGAAUACGUAUCCAUUUGCUUGCUGAAAUAUGAUCUGCCUUCCGAGUUAAUGUCCUCGCAUGCUUUUGAAAAAAACCCUGUAGAUCUUCCAUAUUAUUAACUUCAGUGAUCAGAAGGGUUCCUUGGUGAUAAAUCUUACGUGAAAUAUUUUCAAGAUUUCAUUUGUAGCUACUAUAUUUGAGGCAAUUUUUAUUUGUAUAUAUUUGUGGAUUUAGUAACAAUUUUCAAACAUUUUCAUAAACAAUGUCUAAUAUAGCAUCAGUUGAGCUGCUUUCAGGUAUUCAGGUAUUUUCUUUCAGUUACAUUUUUAAUAUAGCCGGCUAGCCCAAACUACCCCCUCCACAUCCCCACACCAUAAACAAACGGCCAAACAUACGCCUCUCCCCUAAACAAUGGUCGCUCAUUUCUGUUGCAAACUGAAAUCACAACAAUUGUCAAGACGCAACUGUUUUGUCUAAAACACACUACCCCGGUAAUAUACAAAGCUUGUUUCAAACAGAUUUAAUUUUUUUCAACUCCAGCAGAUAUUUGUAUACAGUGUUAUCUUUUUAUUUGCUACAUGAAUUAUAUUUAAAUAAUAUACCGGUAGCAUAUAUAUUUAUACAUGUAUGUACACACUGUAUAAUAAAAUAAUUGUUUUAGAA